CAAGAGGUGAAAAUAAGAUCAAAUUGACAGAGCUUGCAGGUUUGAGGCGGGACCAUAAAUGCGGAAGGAGGCGGUCGCUCCUUUUCCCUCUCUCUCCAUCGUGCUGCCAUGGCUGAGUCGCAUAGUGUAAAGGUGAGCUUGGCAGCUAGCUCUGUGGUUGUCCUGGUGUGUAGCUUGCACUUUAAGUCUCUGUCAUUGUGUGACAUUGCCGGCACGGAGGGAGUGAUCGCGUGCCUUGGCCUCACCUAGAUCACACAGGGAAUGAAGGCGGUUGUCCCAGCAUGUCAAUGACUGAUGGAGGCUGGUCUGUAUACAUUGUGUGCCAUGCGGUGUCACCACCCAGAGAGAUCGCCCUGUAUUAAUGCACGGAUGGCCAACAGCCUGCAAUUAUUGGAACGUACACCCUCCCCUUUAUUCAGCCCGACCGCUGUCUUUACAACGUGUGAUUUAACUACUAUACUUUCAGUGCCCAUGGUCUGCUCUACCUGUCAUUGUGUACUCCGUGCCAGGCAACAUGCUGUCUGUCACAAUGUGUUUUCAGCUGGGAGUCGAGCAGCGGCCUACCAGGCCAUGGAGGACAUGUUACUCCCCCAGGACACUGUAACAAUACAUCAUAGAACGAGAAUAACAAGAAUGUGAGGUUUCUUCCUGUUCUAUAAUUUAUCCGCGUUCCAUGCUUUAGAAUACAGCAUGCAGACACGAGGAACAGUGUAGCACAGUGAGGAGUGGGUUAAUAGAGCUGUAGCCAUAUCAAUGUUGUGAGACAAGUAUGCUGCUGUUUAAUGUGAAGGCUGCACACAUAUUUAUUUCUAGUUUAUGUGCUAAAACUAGCUCCAGUCAUGUGAGCUCUGGCUAAAAAAGUUGUGAUCUUAUAUACGUAGUUGUUAAUUCCAUAAAGGUUUUGUUACAUUUCAGACUACUACUGCAGUUUGGGGGGUUUCAUUUAACUCUCCAUUGUAGCUAAAUGAUGUGUGCAUGGCAAAUUUUAGGAAAAAUGGCUGAUAUUUCAUAGGUGAAAGUCUACUUGGCUUAAAGUUAGUUUGGCUUUCAGUCCUUACCAGAAUUCUGCCAUUGGGAUUUCAAUCUGCAACAAACUAGCAUCUAGCGAAAACACUAACUAAAUCGUAUUCCAAACAUGAGACCAAAACAGAUCAACUGGAAAAAAAAUUCUCCAAAUUAGCUGUUUUCAGUUCUAAUGUUUUGGACUAAAAUCUGAAGUUCCCUGAAUUUCCAACAUUUUGCAAUUGCUUAGGAAACCCAUAAGGACGGUAUAGAGUAGUGCCUGGAGAACUCCAGAUCAGAAGUCAAAUCGUUCCAUAAUGUUUUGAUUGCAUACAAUAGGGAGGGGAGUGCCAGGACGCCAGCGAGCUGUAGUGGCUAUGGUGCUUGGAGUGUUCCAUCUAAUAGAAGUUGUGCCAGCAAGCCCUCGGGAUAGUAGAGCUAAAACAGUUACUUCCUAGCUCUCGUAUCCAAGCAUACUGUGACCUAAUGCACGCAUGCACAAUGCCGUCAUGGUUUGGUAUAGAGCAUCAUUGCAUUCAAUGAUUCUUCUCUUAAAAAAAAAACAAAAAAAAAACCUUUCUGUGCCUUUUGAUCACUGCUUACUUUACUGUGAUUUUAUAUUUUAAGGGUUGAAUUUAUUUAAUUGUUUUUACUUUUUGUGAUUUUAGUUAAUUGGAGUGGGUAGUAGAUAGAGGGGGAAUUGGGCAAUUUACUAUUAAGUUAGGGUUGAAAACUGGAAAAAUCAAAAAGUUUAUUUCCUUAAAUUUUACUUUGAACACAAUGUUUAAAUGGGUUUUCUUCUGAGGAGGCUUAUGUAAUUUUAAAGACAGAACCAGAGGUGACACACUCAGAGAGUUUUGCUAGUGGAUGUGACCAUUUGCCAGAUACUGCAGGGAAAGCGCUGAUUCCCCUGGGAAGGUGACUGGGUACCUUCUAAAGAAUUUACACCUGAUAUUCUUGCCUUAACUGCAAGUCCUGGCAUACUGGCUGAUAUUUUAUGGGACAUUGUCUCCCAGACUAAUCUUUACGGCACACUGUAUCUGGCACAAAACCAGGAAGGACUGCUGGCAUUGAAGUACAAGGACAAAAAUGAGUAGUUCCUCCUAACCAUCACCCACAGUGAACACGCAUAUGGUCACCAUUUGGGGUAGACGGGAAACUAAACCUGUGCCAGUCUGCAUACAGCAGUACAAUAAGCACGAGGGGUAUCGGCCUGUUUGAUUAAUUGCUGAAGCUAUACCUAAUCAUGCAUAAAAUCAGCAUGCUAUAACAAGUGGACAUUUGAUGGCAACCUACAAUUCCUUAAUACUCUGUAAAAAGGAAAAUGCUGAAUUGAACUAAUUUAAGGGCUACAUACAGACUGCCGUAAGGGGUUAAGGAAGCUCUACAUCCUUUUUAAAGUAAAAGUUUUCCACAAUACUCCAUCCAGUCAUUUCUCCAUAGCAUCGCAAGAUCAACUUGCAUAAUUUUUGAGAGCUGCGUAAUCCCAGUAAAUGUUUUGUUGCUUGCAACAAAAUACACAUUGCACUGCUAGUAAGAGUUCUCACCUUUAUUACUACUGAUUUGCUUUGUCUCCUCCAGUGCCUCCCCACAAUUCCUUUGUUGCCAAAUCUGGCCACGGGGCAUCCAUUAAGUACGCCCAAUGACCGCAUAGUGUUGAUAUCCAUCUUGUAUGCACUGGAAUUAGACCCUGUUGCAUACUCCGGGCAGAUGAAGGCACUGACAAAAUGCCACUGCCAUUAAUUAGAGUCAAACUCUGUGAAACUGAGUGGCACGCUAAAUAAGGUUCCGGUGCUGCGAAGAAUGAGGAAUAAAAGGUGGUAAUGGGGAUAAUUGGAACUAACAGAACUUUAACAUGCUAACUUUACAAGAAGUUGUUUAGAAUUUGUCUUUAUCCAGUCUAUAUACUACCACUUGUGUUUUUAAUUUUGUAGGUUGGAAUAAUCGGUGGAUCCGGACUGGAUGACCCUGAUAUACUGGAAGGAAGACUAGAAAAAUACGUAGAAACACCCUUUGGAAAGGUUCAUACUACUUUAUUUGGCUGUAUGUGUUGUUUCUCUGUCUAUUUUAACUUAAAAUAAAGUGUCUGUGAACGCAGGUCUCUAAUUAAUAAAAAAAAAAAUAUAUAUAUAUAUAUAUAUAUAGUGUUAUAGUAAGGGUUGUAUUUGUGUGGAAUGUCUGCAUGUCAAUGCAGUAGUGUGUUUGUGUUGAUUGUGUGUGAAUGCAUCUUAUCCUCGCUUCCAUGUCACCUCUCACCAUCAUUGCUCCUUGCUUUUCCCUUUCAUGUCCCCUUUCUACAGUGUAUUCCGAUGCCUUUUAAUUUUUAUACUGCAGCCUUAUGUUGCAAUUAUGUGUGUUUUGUUUUUUUACAUAAAUCUACACUUAAUACCCUUUAUUUAGAAGCAAAAAAAUAUAUUUUUGAAAAUUUAUUAAAAAGAAUAUCUGAAAUAUCACAUUGAAAUAUGUAUUCACACCCUUUGCUAUGACACGUGCAUCCUGCUCAGAUGCAUCUAAUUUCUCUGGAUUAUCUUUGUUUCUACACUUUGAUCGCAGUCCACUUAUGGCAAAUUCAAUUGCUUUGGAAAGGCACACACCUUUCUAUACAACGUCUCCAAGCUGUAAAUACAUAGAGUACAAACCAAGAUAGGAUUGUGUUGAGGCACUGAUCUGGGGAAGGCUAAAAAAAAUUGUCUGCAUUCAAGGAUCCCAAGAGCACAGUGGCUUCCCAUAAGUCUUGGGGAAAAAAAAAACCAUGACCCUUUCUGGACCUUGUCACCCAACCAAACUGAGCCUUGGUAAGAGAGGUGACCAAAACCCAGUGGUCACGUUGGGUGAGUUCCAGAGAUCAUGUGUGGUGUUGGGAGAAACGUGCAAAAGGACAACCAUAACUGCAACACUCCACCGAUCUUUACUUUAACAGGGUUGCCAGACUAAAGCAUCUCCUUAACGCGUGACACACUUGAAAUUUGAAGAAGAAAAAAAGCACCUAAAUGAAUCUGACAGAGAAACAGGAUUCUCUGAUCUGAAGUAAUAAUAAUCAUCUUUGCAAAGCCAUCCAGUGAAAGAUGUUGAUUGUAGCAUUUUGCUUUGGAGGUUUUUCUGUGGCAGUUUGAAAGACUGGUCAAGGGAAAACGUAACACCGCAAAUUACAUAUUUUGAGAUAUUCUUAAUGAAAACUAGAGCGCUUAGGACCUCAUACUGGGCCAAAGGUACACCUUUCAAGAGGACAAUGAUGCUAAACACACAGUCAAUGUAAUGUAAGAGUGGCUUACAGCAAUUCUGUGAAUGUCCUUGAGUGGUCCACCUUAGAUACCAAUUGAACAUCUCUUGACAGUUAUAGAGGAUCUGCAGACAUGGAUGCCAGAAACCACCUGAAUCCAGUAUUGCAAAGCUUGUCACAUCAUACUAAAAAAUAUUUGUGGCUGUAAUCGCCAACAAAGAUGCAUUUUACUAACCUUUUGUUUUGAGACUCCAUCGUAGCUUCCACCCACACCUCUGCCCAUGAUGUCAAACCGCUCUCAAUGUGAAAUACAAUGCUCCUCAUGUUUUGUCUUUCUGAGUAGUAACUUAUGGCUUACCAUUUUUUAUCAUGGUUUUUAAAGGAAUACUAUAGACACCAGAACUGCAGCUUCAUGUAGUUUUGGUGUAUAGCAUGUGUUUACAUUACUGUGUUGGAACAACUUUAGUGGCAGUCAUUCAGACAGCCACUAGAUGUGCAGAACAAUGUGCAGCACUGACAUUCAGCGUCUCCACACUUUGCCUGGAGGUGCUGAACGUUCCACUUUGGGGAGUUGUUGAUUGGCACAGAGCGGCAUUUUGAUGUGCAUGCGCGAUAGACUCUCAAUGCUUUCAUAAAUGGAAAUUGAUAAUUUCCACCGACGAGGUGGAGCAUGGGCAGGGCCAGACCCACACGGUGCUGAAAAUAAGACCAUUAAAAUACAUUGUUAACGGUGGAUAAGGGUGGCUGGACACAUGAAUAGACUUUUCACACCUGUAGUGCCAAGAAUACACGUUUGUGUUCCUGACACUAUAGUGUUACUCUAAUAUAUUUCUGAAUGCUUUAUGAUAUGCUGUUUAUGUCCAGUAAUCCCCUUUAUAACAGUGUUGCUUGCCCUAAAGGGUUCCCAACCCAGUCCUCAAGUACCCCCUACCGGUCCAGGAUUUAAGGAUUACCUGGGUGUGUCUAAACUGUUUUUGGUUUUUUUUGGGGGGGGUUAACACUUUAGACACCAUUGGGUAAUCCCUAAAUCCUGGAAUGUUUGGGGAUACUUGAAGACUUGGUUGGGAACCACUGCACUAAAGCAGUGACGAGAAUAUUCAGUUCAAGAUUUGGAGCAUGUCUUCUAGAGCUGCUAUUGCCUAAAGCCAGAAAGUUUUUUUUAUUUAUUUAUAGUGAGCAGAUUAUGAUCUCUAGGUCCCUAAGAUUUUAACCUAAUAUCUUUUGACAACUGUCUAUAGCGUUUUGUUUGCUUUUAUCAUUUUGGUAAAGUUAUAUAAUAAUUUCUGGUGACUGCUAUUUAACAUGAUAUAUUUCUUUUUGUUAAGCCUUCAGAUGCCUUGGUUCUGGGAAAAAUAAAAAAUGUUGAUUGCGUGCUACUUGCAAGGUAAUAUAUUAUUUCUUGAAUAAAUAUGUUUUUAAACAAUGUCUGUCAUAAGAUUUAAAAGUACACUAAUAUUUUGAAAUAAUAUAUCUCUCCAUUAAAGGACCAUAUAGUCACCAGAACAACUACAGCUUAAUGUAGUUGUUCUGGUACAUAUAAUUGCUCCCUUCAGGCAUUUUCAUGUUUUCAGAGAAAAGGCAGUGUUUACAUUGCCCCAAGGGACACCUCCAAGUGGCCACUGGAGGGGCUUCCUGGCUCAGGGCUGCACAGUAAGUCGUUCAGCAUCCCCACACUCUGCAUGGAGACGCAUUGAUUCAAUGCAUCUCUAAGAGGAGGUGCUGAUUGGCCAAAAUGGUGUUUGGCCCCACCACUUGCCAAUUUUAGCCAUUUAAUGCUUUCCCAUGGGGGAUUGACAGUGGCCUGGGCCAUCGGGCAAAAUUAGGACCUGGGCCCCCGGCUGAAUAUAUAUGCUGGUGUAUAAGAUGGUGUAUGUACCGUGUAUUUGAUUCUAUAUGCAUGUAAAGUGAAUGUAUGUUUCUGUGUGUAUAUUCACUGUGAGCCCUGGUUUAAGUGAAUAUAUGUAUGUUUUGGUGUGUAGUGUCAGGAUGUGUGGAUUCAGAGUAAUAUAAAUAAGUUAAUGUAGUUGUUCUGGUAUGUAUACCCAGUCCCUACAGGCAUUUUAAUGUAAACACUGCCUUUUCAGAAAAAAGGCAGUGUUUACAUUGCAACGUAGGGACAACUCCAGUGGCAGUCACUCAGAAGGCCACUAGAUGUGCUUCCUGGGUCAGUGAUAGACAAUGUGCAGCACUGACGUUCAGUGUCUCCAUACUCUGCAUGGAGGCGCUGAACCUUUCCCACAGAGAUGCAAUGAUUCAAUACAUCUCUAUGAGCAGAUGCUGAUUGGCGCAGCGCUCUGCCAUGCGUGCCAAUUAGCUUAUCAAUGCUUCCUAUGGGAGAGGAAUGGCUGAUCAUCCAUUCUGAUGAUCUCAGUCAAGGGGCCAGAGCAUGGGCCGAGCCUGUGUGGCACUAAAAUAAAGGCAAGUUUAUUACCUUUUCAAGAGGGGUAAGGGGGUGCCGGUAACAUAAAUGGUGUUUUUUUUUUUUUGGUUUUUUUUUUAAUUAAUUCUAGUAUGUAUGCAGGGACAUAUUUGUAUUGAGGAUCUGUAUGUGUGUGUAAAUUCAAGGCCAUAUUUGGAUGUAGUUUGCGCGUGUGUGUGUGUGUGUGUGUGUGUGUGUGUGUGUGAACACAGGGUCAUGUAGUUGUUAUAAGUGCUAUAAUGGGAAAGGGGUAAUGGGGGGGGGGGAAUUGUGGGAGGCAGGGGGUAGCUAUUGAGGGUGCAGGGAAGGAAUAAAGGCUGUAGUUGGUAACGGGUUGUAAAAUGUGUAGAGCGUAAUAGGGGCUGUAGCAUGUGUAAGGGGUAAUAGGGAUUGUAGUAAGUGUAGAGAGAUAAUGAGGGUUGUAGUAGGGGUAAUGGGGGUUGUAGUAUGUGUAAGGUAGAAAAAUGAUCUACUGUUGGGAAUUUACUUGAGUUAAGCAGAAUCUUAGCCAUCACUCUCAUACAAUGUUAAAACCACCUAAUUACUACUGCCCUCCCGAAUAAUCAGAGCACAUACUGUUUUCAUAUCACCAAAUUGUUGCACCAGAUGAAUUACUUUCUUAUCAUUGCUCUUGUUCUAUUCUCAAGGUCUCCAUAACUGUACCUAUGUGAACUUAACCUUGUCAUUUUCUUGUGACUUUGCUUUCUUUUCUUUUGUUUUAUUUCUCUAUAUAGUGCUUUAUAAACUUCUUAUAUUUUUAUUUAUUUUCAUGUUUUAUGCUUCUGUCCCCUAACAGUUGAAAAUUAGUUCAUUUUGAUAGUCAUCUUCAUCUUUUUACAGACAUGGAAGGCAGCAUACAGUUGCUCCAACAAAUGUUAACUACCGUGCCAACAUUUGGGCUUUAAAAAUGGAAGGAUGUACUCACAUAUUGGUGACUACAGCUUGUGGAUCUUUGAGAGAAGAGAUUCAGCCUGGAGAUGUAGUAAUGCUUGAUCAGUUUAUUGACCGGUAAGACAUGACUUAAAUGUAUGCAGAAUGCUUGCAUAUUAUCUAUUUGUGUAACUGGGAAUCUGUUUUCCGAGUAUAGGUAUUGUGGUGAAUAUACAUGAGAAUGUGCCAACAGCAAAUUUAUAUGGAUGCUGUGAGGCCCAGUGAAUUCUAUGGAGACUUCAGUAGAGCUAGGUGGACUGAUCUGGGGUAAAUGGCCUGGCUACUCAUUUCACAGAUUUGAGCUUCAACUGUAAUAGUAUGUAGAAUAAAAAUAAAGAUGCAUUGAACUAAUUUAUGUCAGUCUGUGCAUUUAGGGAGUGCUGUACCCGUUGGUUAGCAAUUUGUCGUCCGUCUCAUAAGCAUUACUGAAGACGGAGCACCUGUGAGUUAAAGGAUCACUAUAGGCACCCAGACCACUUCAGCUUAAUGAAGUGGUCUGGGUGCCAGGUCCUUCUAGGGUUAACUUUUUUUUUUUUUUUUUUAUAAACACAGCAGUUUCAGAGAAACUGCUAUGUUUAUGUUGGGGUUAAUCCAGCCUCUUGACAGCCACUAGAGGCGCUUGCGUGCUUCUCACUGUGAUUUUUCACAGGGAGAAGACGCCAGCGUCCAUAGAAAGCAUUGUGAAUGCUUUCCUAUGAGACAGGGAAUGCGUGCACAGCUCCUGCCGCGCAUGUGCAUUCAGCCGGAGAGGAGGAGGAGAGCUCCCCACCCGGUGCUGGCGAAAGAGGCAAGUUUAACCCCUUCCUCUCCAUCUAGCCCGGCGGGAGGGGGACCCUGAGGGUGGGGGCAUCCUCAGGGCACUAUAGUGCCAGGAAAAAGAGUGUUUUCCUGGCACUAUAGUGGUCCUUUAAGUAGUAUAUUUUCUCCCAAUCCCAGUCUCCGAACCUAUGAUUCAGGGAAGUUUCCCAUUUUCCACAUAAAUUUUGGUGAUUCGACUGGUAUGCGUGUUUGCAGCAUGGAGUAUAGGAAGGACAUGCCAUGCGGUAACAGCUCCGGAUCAAUACAUAUUUGUUCAAAUAUUGUGGGCACGCGUUUCAGCGCCUGUCCCUAUGGUAAUAUUUUGAUAAAACUUGUCAGCUGUUGGUAUUUGAAUAGUUGUAUGAAGGUCGGGGUCGAUUCCCCUAAGAGGUCGGUGUGGGUUCUCAUCCCUGUCUCUGAGUAUAGGUGGUGUAGUUUUGACAGUGGGUCAGGAAAGAAGUUGUAACGGAUAACCUGGCACCCCGACUAGGUUCCUCCGUUGAAGGAUGCUCCUAGAGCUUCCUGAGGACUUCAAGCACUGCAGCAGACAUCACAACCACCGAACUGGAGCAUAUGAAUGCUCUGAUGCAUAUGAAUGCUGUAAGCAGCUGAACAUGAAAAGCAUACAAUCAGCUUACACUCGUGGCAAUCAGCAUACAAUCCAAUUCCCCCAAUAACGAGACGACACUUCGUUUUGAGGUCAAGCAGGACUGACUGUACUGGCACAUACAGUCUCUUUUAUUCACAAUCCACAAACCUAGUACUGCCCACAGGGUUUUGAAAUACAACCAAUCAAUCCAUACAAUACACACAGACACUCCCACACAAAAUCCUCCCCUCUGCCCGUGAUAUGAUUACUGAACACAAUGGCUAAUAUAAUUAUCACAGGCAGAGAAAUACAGUAUCAUAAAACACAUCACAGGGACCCCAAAACAUACAAUAACCCUAUAAGUAUAUCCUCUGAACUGGGGGAUCUGGGUGAACCACAUAUCCAAAAUUCACCCAGAUCCGUUCAGUACUUUUGAAGAUACAGUUUAAUGCAGAUUCUGCAGAACAUAUACAGGCUAUAUGAAAAACAAUUACUGUAUAAUGUGUCCCCUGUUGUAUAGUCCAAAACCACUGCACGAUGUCUCUGUGCACCAAAUACUGGCGAGAUGGUACUGUGUAGAAAAGUCCAAACAGUGUCUGUGAGUUAAAAUGGCCGCCAUCCAUUGUUCUCACCAUGUGCCUCUGAUACAUGAAAUGGUGGCCACCCAGUACCUCCACAGUAUGUCCCCAGUUGGUUCUUAAAGGGCCAGCAGCAGCAGCACAACACAAAUCCAAUAUGCCCAAAUCAUGUGUUUAAAGGGCAAUACAUCCCAGGGGCCACAGUCACAUGGCAGGAGGCUGGCAAUCAGUCUUCUCCAAUGCCCAGUGGCGAGGUCGGUUUCUUCAUAGAAGUCUUUAAAUGCCCUAGGGUCCUUCCUGCUAUACUGUGCUAGACCUGUAGUGUGGCAUGUGCAAAUAAGGGCCCUCUCCCUUCAGCCUUCCAGGCAACCAUGGAAUCAGGGCUUCUGGAGUGCCUAUAUCUGCUUCCUGUACUGUUUUUCCAUAGUUUUUUCACUUUACUUUUAGACCACUCCACUAUCCGAAGGAGAUGGCAUGCGACAUAGAUGAAGAAAUCUGGCAAUGUCAGGCCUCCCCUCUCCCUGAGCUGUGUGAGUUGGUCAUACUUUAGACUAGAUUUUAUUUAUUUAUUUUUUUUCCCUUUCCAGUUCCCUAGUGCCAUGUGUAGGGAGUUAAAGUAAGACUGUGGUAUCAGGAUGGCGAUAGCCUGCAGCAGAUAGCAGCCGCAGCAGGAAGUUCAUUUUAGCUACUAAUGCCACGAGAUGGGUGGGUAGGAGCAUUACGGUCUGUCCCUCUUAAGCGUGCUCAACAUUGGGGCAAAAUCUCUUUAAAUAGAUCUGCGCUAUUCUUGGUUAGCCGUAUGCCCAAGAAGCGGAUUUUAGAUUUGGCCAAUUGAAACGCAUAGCUGCUUCGAAGUGUUUCAGCUCUGUUCCUGGGCACGGACAUAUUUACAACAAAGGACUUUGAAAAGUUUAUUUUGAAGUUGGAGAUUGCUCCAUAGUCUUUUUAAAGGCUUGCAAAAUGUUUGGGAAUGAGAUUUCUGUGUUUGUGAUAAAGAUGAGGAGGUCAUCAGCAUAUGCUGCGAUCUUGUGAUGCAUGGUUCUCGUCUCUACGCCGGUUAUGUCCGGAUUGCAUCUUACUGUCGUCAGGAGCGGUUCAAGGCCCCCCCCCCCAUAGUAUCCGUAUUCUCUCCGAAAAGCUCUGCGUGUUUUUUUGUUUUUGUUUUUUUUGGAGCGUUCGGUAGAGACCUCUAUAGUGCCUCUGAUUGGGUGCGUAAAUGUUUGCAACAGUAUACUUUGUCCUGGCUAUUGUUCCCUUUAUAAACCUGUAUCUACCGUCUGGAUCAGUUAGAGGUGCCCACUCAUGGAAUGAGACCAUCCUGUUUAGAUGGAUCUCCACCCUCCUCAUUUUGCCUGCGCGGUGGUUGCUGUAAUAUCCCAUUGGGAAAUGGUGGUCUGUCAGUUUGGGCCUGGAGCCUUCCCAAAAAUGAGUUUCCUGUAUGUAUACUAUGGAGGUUCUAGCCGCGUGGAAGUCCUGUGGGGUUCCUGAAUGUUUCUCGGUCAGAGAACGAAGAGACCCUGCUAGUAUGUGUUCCCCGCCAUAGUAAUGUUUGCUUUUUUUUUUUUUUUGUGCUAGAUUGUGCUUUGCGUGCUCCAAUCCCUAUACUCCUUCUCCUGAAAGCCACUCAGCUCAGUGGGAGCCUGAACCUCAAGCAGGCCCAGGGCAGGCGCGUCCAUAAGGUGGCACAGGUGGCCACUUUAGGACGCCAGAGCAGGGGGGUGCAAAAAUCUGAAUCCCCUGCCUCUAGCUGGGGACUUGGAUUUUUUUCAACUCACCUCGCACUCCCUGCAGCCAGCACAGCAGGAGCCUGGCAGUGAAGGCAGCCGGCCUCCUCUGAUGUCAGAAGGAUGGCCACUGCUCCCAGACUCCUCAGCAGUCCUGAGCGAAUCUGGAGCUCCAACCUCCAACACCAGUCACCCGACCACAAGGGAUAAGGUUCUACCCCCUCACUGGCACAAGGUAAGCCUCAGAAGCAGCCCCUCUCUCCAGCCCCUGCCCCCACCAUACUGCCACUGACCCCCUUAUACUGCACCUGUUCCCCCUCUACAGCCCCUGCCCCCACCAUACUUCCCCUGUCCUCCCUCUACAGCUCCUGUCCCCACCAUACUGCCCCUUCUCUGCAGCCCCUGCCCCCCCUUUACAACGCCUCUGUCCCUGCUUUUCAGUCUGGCUGAGAGUCUAAGGGAGUGCCGGUAGGUAUAAACAAGUGCUACUAGAAAACAAGAGCUAAAUAGAAAACAAAAAUACAAUGAGCUGUUUAGCACUUAGGAGCAAUGAAUUGAAUAUUUUGUGGUAGAUACUCCAAGACAGUGUCAUGCUUAACAGUAUUUUAUAGACUGAAACAGAUUUGUGUGGGAGUUAAACAGAUCAUUAGACUACGUUUUCAAUCUUCAGACUCCCUAAUUUCUCAGUUGUAAUAGUUGUUUUAUGACUUUUGUUUGUAUGAAAGUUACACCCUAUGCUGUAUCCAUAGAAUAUUCCAACAGCCCAUAUUAUAUAGUUAUUCAGCUUUUCACUUAAAUGCAAUUCGUAGUAAACUCUCUAAUAUAUGUUUUCCAGGACUACUAAAAGAGAGCAAACAUUCUACGAUGGGGGGACAUGUUUACCAGGUGUAUGUCACAUUCCAAUGUCUGAUCCUUUCUGUAGCAAAACAAGAGAGGUAUGGAUUUUUUGUUUGUUUUUAUCACUUUGCUCAAAAAUACAGAUAAAAAUCAGGACUGCAUGUUUUCAUAGUCUUCAGAAUAUAUUUUCACAGGAAUCCUUUACAAUUACAUACACAUUGUGUGUGUGUGUGUGUGUGUGUGUGUGUGUGUGUAUGCAAGAACACACUGUCAUUGCUUAAUUGUAAAGCACUGUAGAAUAUUUUGGUAUAAUGGCAGCAAAUAGACAAAUGUUGAUGGAAGAGGUACAUUGUGCUGGUCAGAUGUUACUGUACAGAUCUAUUUUUUUUUUUUUGACAUUGUAAAAGAUGAUAAAUCUGGUCCCUGAAACACAUGUGCCUUAACAGUCUGAGUAACGUAACCUGACUGGCUAAAGACUAAAAUGGAAAGACUGUAAAAUGAUUCUACACGUUUAAUAUAUGUAUGAUAUUGUAUUUGUCACCCAAAUUGCAAUGUGGCAUGUCUCAUUGGUUGUUAGGAAACGGGUUGAUUUGGAGUCAUUAUUGAUGGGAGUGGACCUCCUCCAGUUUUACAUGUGGGUCCCUAAAGAACAUAGGGCAAUAUUGCAGUCCACAUGCCCAGCCAUACUGAACUCCUUUUAGGAUAUGGGACUCAUCCGCUCGUAGAUUUAAACUGUCGUUCCACCCCUCCCCACUCACCCUGCUGUCGUGGAACCGAGCAUUCUCUCUGGGAAUGUCAGCCUGGGACUUUUUUAACAUGGAAGCUACGGGCCUCCAGAGGUUCAUCCACUUAUUCGAGGGAGGGCGGUUGAUACCCUCUGACUGUCUAAAAACUAGGCAUCAGCAGAUUUUUUUCCGAUACCUACAGAUCAAACACUUUGUAACUAAGACACAUGUUAGGGAGGGUGCUGGCACUGCGUUGUCUUUUUACGAAAGUCUGUGUUUGAGUGAGAUGCCACAGAAGGGCCUGACUACCCUCCUUUACUUUCAUCUGUGCACUGAAACGUCAGAAUGGGGGCAAAUGUCUUAUAUCACACAAUGGGAGUCGGACGUUGGGGAAGAACUGGAGGAUGUUAAAUGGCAGGAUAUAAGGGAUGUGGACGCCACCUCUUCCAUUUGUGUAGGGUUACAGGAGCAAUGGCUUAAGAUUGUUUCGCUUGUAUACUACACCGGUGAAGCUGUGUCAUAUGAAACAGACCCCGACUGACUAGUACUGAAGAGGCUGCGGCCUCUGAGGAACGGAUCUCUAUAUGUGGUAAGAAUACCCACAAACACAAUAAUUUGGGGGGGAAAUUGGAGAUAUCCUAGACUGAAUCUUUUCACGUAGGCCCACUUUGACUCCAUGGGUCUGCCUGUUAAAUAGACUGCUUGAGGGCUGGAAUACAACGGAACAAAAAUUGCGGCACAAAAUUACACUAUUAGCUAGACGAGCUAAAGCCCUGAUUGGCUUAAACCCAAAGUCCCCUUGCUGUCGACUGUGAUAGACAAGCUUUAUCUUAUGGAUAAAUUGAUGGCACAAGUAAGGAACUCACUCCGUAAAUUCGACAGGAUUUGGGAACCAAGGACUGAGAGUCAAUUUAAAGGACCACUAUAGUGCCAGGAAAACAUACUCGUUUUCCUGGCACUAUAGUGCCCUGAGGGUGCCCCCACCCUUAGGGACCCCCUCCCGCCCGGCUCUGGAAAGGGGAAAAGGGGUUAAACUUACCUUUUUCCAGCGCUGGGUGGUGAGCUCUCCUCCUCCGAUCCUCCUUCUCUCCUCCCCGUCGGCUGAAUGCGCACGCGCGGCAAGAGCUGCGCGCGCAUUCAGCCGGUCACAUAGGAAAGCAUUCAUAAUGCUUUCCUAUGGACGCUUGCGUGCUCUCACUGUGAAAAUCACAGUGAGAAGCACACAAGCGCCUCUAGUGGCUGUCAAUGAGACAGCCACUAGAUGAUUAGGGGGAAGGCUUAACCCAUUCAUAAACAUAGCAGUUUCUCUGAAACUGCUGUGUUUAUGAAAAAGUGGGUUAACCCUAGCUGGACCUGGCACCCAGACCACUUCAUUAAGCUGAAGUGGUCUGGUUGCCUAGAGUGGUCCUUUAACUGAUGGACUAGGGGUUCUUUGCUGACUUGUCGGAGUGCCCAGGGCCCAGAUGGCGCGGUCUCCUGUAUCUGUCUUCCCCGCCCCCCACCGGAAUGUCGGUGGAAACCGCUCAAGUUUUCUGGCAUUAUCCGAAAUCAAAUUUUUUUUACUUUUCUCUUUUGACUUUUGCCUUUUUUUCUUCUUCUCUAAUUCUCCUAUCUCUAUCUGAAAUUUUUUAUUUUUUUGGGUUGUUCUGGGGUGCCCUCCGGGACUCAUUCCAGUGUUACGAAAGAAGUACAAUUCGUAGGCAGUAGCUCCACUUAUAUAUGCUACGAAGGGGAGAUAUAAUUGUGAAUGUUCUGAUAAUUCACUGGAGUGGAGCUCCCACUCUGUACUUCAACGGUUAACGAGUGGAAAUGCAGGGAAUAACCAUCCUGUUCUUUCUUUCUUUUUUACUUUUCUUUAACCUUCUUAUGUAUAAUUAAAAUACCUGAUUUGGGGUGCUACAAAAUGGCCAUAGAGGGACUAGACAACACUGUUUGAUAUUAAAGUAUGUCCCUCUAUAUGCAUGACCCAUUGUUCAAAGGGAUACCUGAUGCUGAAUGUUGCAAAUGAACCUUGUGAUUGUACAACUACAUGUAAAAAUAUUGAUCUGUACCACCCUGUCAGUCACAAAUAAAGAAUUGAAGAAGAAAAAUUGUAUUUGUAUAGUGAUUGAUCUGAGUGCUAGUAUAAGCCUUUCACAGAUAAAGUGCUUUCAUUACACAUAUUAAUGUAAUGUAUCUCUUUACUCACCUGCAUUUUUUAUUUAUUUAUUUUUAUUUUUGUGAUCGAGAGUAAUUUUCAUUGACACAUAAAGCAGCUGUGUCCAUUCAAUCUAUGGAUUUUAAUGGAAAGUUAAAGUGCAUGCAGGGUUUUUAGUGUCAGUUGUGGGAAAUUCAAAUUUUACCCCAAAAUGUUUUACAGUUUGCAUUUUACUUUGAAUUCCUAUGGAAUUCCUGACCAUUUAUGCUUUACUGAAGAACCAUCAAAAACUCCAAUAAACCAGAAGAGAGAUAACAAAACAGUCUUUCGGCUCAUUGAUGUGGUCUUGGUGCAAUGUCCCAGAUCCCUUAACCCUGCAAUGGUAAUUAUUGCAGUUAAACUGCAAUAAUUACCUGUCAGGGUUAACUUCAUCUCUAGUGGUUUGAUAUAAGCAAGGACAUUCUGGCAAGCUUUAAUGGUUGAUUAGUGUCUCUUAGGUUGAAAUAGAAUUUCCAGUGGCAACAUUCUUAUUUCCUUUUAGUAGAAAUCCAUUUUUGCCAGACAUGCCUUAUAAAGCUCCUUUAUGUUGUUUGGGAGAGAAUACCUAUAUUAUAGUCUGGUCAAUUCAUGUUGAUGCUGCUCUCAAAAUAUACUCCCCUUUUAAUUUUUCUUUUUUGCACACUUGCAAGCUAAGAGCUUUAUUUGGUUGUUUCUUUCUCCUCUCAAAUCACCAGAUUUGCCAAUUCACUUGAUUGGGGAGAUUUCAUUUUAUCUUCACAUUCUAAUUGGAAUAAGUCUUGGAAUAUUGUUGGUAUAAAUAAUAAGAUAAUAAUAUAAUUAAUAAUAAUAUAAAACUGUAAACUAAAGUUUUUGUAUGAUUUGCACAGCAAUUAUUUAAAAAAAUUAAAUAAAAUUGUCCAGGUUAUUACUGGAUAACUAUAUUAUUGCUAUUUUUCAGGUAUUAAUCGAUGUUGCUAAAAAACUUGGCAUUAAGUGUCACACUAAGGGUACAAUGUUGACCAUAGAGGGACCACGCUUCAGUUCUAGAGCGGAGAGCCACAUGUUUCGCCUCUGGGGGGCAGACGUCAUCAAUAUGACCACGGUUCCUGAAGUUGUUCUUGCCAAAGAAGCUGGCAUUUGUUAUGCAAGUAUUGCAAUGGCAACAGACUAUGACUGCUGGAAGGAACAUGAAGAAGCAGUGAGUGGAUAUUGGUUUUCCUAAAUUGCACUUGUCUAGAUCAUUUUUACUGCAAGAAGUCACUAUUGAUGUGAUUUUCUGGGUAGGAUAUUAUCUGGAUCGCCCAUUGUGUAUUGCUCUCUAUUAUAAAAAAUGUUUUAAUUUCACAUUGAAUCUACAAAUCUUAAGAAACAAAGUCUGGGAUUUAAAGUUAUUUAAUGAGCUUUUCGCAAUGACCAUUUAUGACCUAAACCAUUUUUUAUUUUUAUUUUUUUGGAUGAAGGCUGCUUUAAGAAACCACCAUGAGUUCAGAGAAAUCUGAAUACUAUUUAACUAUAAAUCUCAUUCUUAAUAAGACAGAGGUUUGUGAGCAUUUGGGUGUAAAGAAUGCAUAGAACAUAGACGAUCAAACUAAAACCUUUCAAAGGAAAGCAUUUGGAGUAUGAGUGAGAGUGACAUGAGAAAGCAGUGUAUCUUUUGUCCUUAUGUGCAAUAUGCUUCUCUAUCUUAAUCCUCUGGAAUAGUCUUGGCUAUAGAAAUCCGAAUAUAAUGCAGACUGAUAGCUCAGUCGGCUAAUGCAUCAUCAGUAGAAUCUGUUCAAUUCUUGCAGGUUCAAAUCCCGGCAGGGUUGACUCAGCCCUUCAUCCUUCCAUGGUAGAUAAAAUUGGGUAAUAGUAAUAACCCCUGGAUGUUAGACUAAGGUAACAUACCCAGGAUGUAUUAGAAAAAAAUCAGAGUAAUCUGAAUGUACCUUUCCUGGUUAAAUAUGUUAUUAUUAUUUUUUCAGCAGUGAAUAAAUGAUUUGUGAUCUAUCCAGGUAAAACGGCAGCUGUCAUGUCAGCAGAAGCUGGAACUCUAUAAAGCCGCUUUCGAACCUAGUAUUUAUAAUAUUGUCUAAACAUAGGGGAUUUAUCUAGAUAACAUUAUAGAUAAUUAGCAGGUUAAUAAACUUUAUUUGCUCUUAUAUUUGCAGGUGUCUGUAGACAAGGUACUAAAGACACUUAAGGAAAAUGCAAAUAAAGCAACAAGUAUUCUCCUGACGGCUAUACCUCAAAUUGCAUCCAUGGACUGGACAGAAGCACUCAGCACUAUGAAGGUAGUAAUGAUUGCUGUCAUCUUUACAUUUCAGAACACUAGCUCCGUAAACUGUCAACCUUCAAAACUAAAACUGCAAAAUCUAAAAAUGUCUUCGAAUUCGAGUAAUACUAUUUCCUCUGCUAGACAUCUUUAAAAGACUCCUUCUCUAGGCACAAAAUUAUAAUUCAGUCCUGUUAGUAUACAUUUUUACAAACUUCUUUUGACAUUCUUUCUUGCAUUGUGACUGAUUUUAAAUCACAAUUCCCAGAUUUUACUAUUAACAUGACAUAAAGUCAUGAUUUUAUUAAAGACACGGAGGCGAGUAUUAUGCAUAACUCUUUCUUUAUUCCCUCAGCAGCAAAGAUAGAGGAAUAUAAAUAUUAUCAAAAUAAAAAAAACUGUAUAGGCACACAGGCAACCAAUCACAUAACAGAGGAAGUGACUAUAAAAGGCCUGUGUCUCCCACAAUCCCCCUCUUUUUCUUACGAAAACCGAAGACCAGGAAAACACGAAACGAUAUCACAUCCGGCAAGAAUAGGGAAACCGUAACCAAACGAUAACUUCUAGCUUAAAAGAGAGAGAAAUAUGGUAAUAACCAAACUCCAAACUGAAGACUUGGCAAAUAUGUCAAUGGUUUCUUAGGAGUUCAACCUAUAACAUAGAAAAAACUAUUAGUAUAUAGUCAUAUAAACUAAACAUCAGCAUUAUAAUAAAACAGAUACGUAGGACACACUAAACAGACCAGACAGUAACAUACCUGAAAAUCCAACCACAUCUCAUCUAAUGACCCAACACCGGGAGGGCGGGUGGGAAUAAUACUUGCCUCCGUGUCUUUAAUAAAAUCAUGACUUUACGUCAUGUUAAUAGUAAAAUCUGGGAAUUUUAUUAAAGACACGGAGGCUCCUAUUAUGCAAGUUUAAAGCUGUGCUAUCACUUGAGAUGCGAUGUGGUUGAUCGGUCUGAAAUAAGUCACGGAAGGUCGACUCCCGAGACCAAUCCGCAACCCGCAGAAUGUCCUCCAGCCGACUGUAGAAGCUUUCGAUGCCAUGGCUCCUCGCACCGAAUGAGGCGUGAAGAUAGACGUGUCAACGCCAGCUAAAGAUAGAAGCCAGAGUAUCCAACGAGCCAAAGUCGGGGUGGAUACAGGCCGAUAUGGAGACCUAAAUGAUAUGAAUAACGGAUGUAAGUCCAAGGAACGAAGAGGUCGUGUAAUAUCCAGAUAUACCUUUAGACACUCCACCGGGCAUAGUGCCAGAUUCCCUGAGAAUCUAGGGUAUACAAAAGAUUUGGAUGCUGAUUUUAGCCCUUCUGGAUAUGUUGAAUCAAGGGCCCUGACGUCAGACACCCUCUUACAUGAAAUUAAGCAGAGAAGCAUCACCAACUUAGAAGAGAUUUGUUUGGGUACCAUGACAACAAAAAUUGUAACACACGUUGACAUCCCAGAAUGCAGAAAAACGAGUCCUAGGAGGUCGAGCGACACACAAAAGGAUGUUUGCCUAUGGGCGAACCAUCCAAUCCUCUAUGUCCAGCUGAAAUUGCUGAGCAGAAAAGGUUGAUAGUGCGAUACGCCUUACCCGAAUCGAACGUGUGUGAGGAACUCCACGGGAUCCAUUGACCGUUCCAUGCACCAACCAGACCAUGACCUCCAUGAAGCGCGAUAGGCUGCUCUUGUACCUGGAGCCCAGGCGUUAUCGAAGAGCAGGAGAGUCGCUCGUGGAACGUUUGGGACAUUCCAAGGUCCCCUUAAAAGGAGCAACACUAUCAGAUGUAAUUGGUUCUGUAAUGUCAGGCCGUGUGAGUUCCUAUCCGGAUCCAGAAGGAGUUCCUAAAAACCCGGGAUCAGCCGUGGUGCUUGAAAUUCUUGGGAGGCUACAGUACCCUCAGGAUUAUCUUCGGUAAAGUCCUCAGCAAGACCCUCUGGCCCCUCAUUCCUGUCUUGCAUAGUAACGGGAAAUUGGCAAAAUAUAUGUACAUGAAUCUCUGAUAACAAAUAGAGCAGCAUAAAGCAGGGUGUAACCCACAGGAGAACAAAACAGAAAACAACCUGGCUGGUGGUGUGCCCAGGGGACCCAGUGGCCUGCAAGAACGAGCAGCAGGCUAAUCGUAUAGCAGGAGAGAAACUGAAGCCGGCCGAGAGGAAAAUCCGCCUCCAAAAUGGCCGCCGCACGUGGAAGCAUGCAGAUAGCGAUCGCGGUCUGCCUCCAGGCGGGGGAAGGGGCGCGUGCACCCUACCCGCGCAGGCAGCCCGUGAGUGCGCCAAAGUCCCACGCCACCCACAGUGACAGGCACAGGGGAGCAUGGAGAGGAAUCUCCCGGCGGGGGAAAAAGUAAAUCAGAAAGGGAUUUCCCCAGGCACACCACCAGAACGUCAGAUAAACAGUAGAUAAGUAUGGUAAUCAAUAAAUAUGCACAGAAAAAGGCAGCAAUAAUAAGAUAAAAAAACAAUGAAUAUGAAAUCACAAGAGGAUCGAAAUAAUUAGCUAGUCUGAGGGAGCAGCAAAGAACGGGGGAUUGUGGGAGACACAGGCCUUUUAUAGUCACUUCCUCUGUUAUGUCAUUUUGUUAAUAUUUAUAUUCCUCUAUCUUUGCUGCUGAGGGAAUAAAGAAAGAGUUGUGCAUAAUAGGAGCCUCCGUGUCGUCAAUAAAAUUGCACAAAUUUCCCUUUUUUUUUUUUUGUAGUUUUGUAUCUGGUCUUUACAUAUGAUCCUCAUUUAAGAAAAUCUAAUUCAUUUUUUUUUAUUCAACUAAUUGCUAUGGCAAAGUCUCCUUGCUUUGUCAAGUGUGACUGAUGGUUAACCUUUUUAAAAAGAUGGAGCUUUACCAUCUUCCCUAUAUUGGUCCUGUUUUCAUCCUGAUGCAUCGUACCAUCUUGUGAUUACUGAAUGAGCAGUCAUUAUGGGACCCCGUAUCAAAUGAGAUUUGUGCCUUUGUCAUAAAAGGUGUUGUAGCCAAUUGGGAUUGGAAGGGCCUAUUUGAACACGCGUCCUAGUGUUGGACACAUUUUUAUUGAGCAAAAAAAGCAUAGAGAGAGUGCUGCUUUUCCCCAUUUAUUUAUAUAGUUUGUUUGCCUUAUCUGUUUAAAAUUUGAUUACCACCAGACAUGAUAUGGAGAAAAUGACAGGAUAUGUGUAUAUUUCACUUAAAGGAAUAGUGUUCAGUUGCGAAAACUGUGUAAUAUGUUAAUUAAAACUAAAAACACUUUUUAUAGUACACUUAUUUCAUGUUAUACUUACAGAUUUGCCCUCCUUUUAAUACUGGUUUCUCUUUAUUCUAGAGUACGUUGCAGCUCUCUGUUAUGUUACCCAAACACUGAAUUCUCAGGGUUGGACAGAAAACAUUGGGAUCAAGAAAAGCCUGGAAAAUCAACAGCACAAAACAUCAACAAAAAAAAAAAUUGAAAUCCUUUUUUGCAGCUCGCAUCUGCAGCUCACAUCUUCUAUAUUUGAAUAGAUUAAUGAAGCAUGACCAAAGAAUAUAUUUACGAACAGGCUAUGGUUACUAUGUAGCUAACUACAUGUAUGCACCCAUAUUACACAUUUUGAAAUAUAUUGCCUGUACAUCACAUGAAAACAUUUUAUUAAAGUGCUAUUCUGCAUCACAACCAAUACAGCUCAGUGUUAAGGUUAUGGUGCAGUGUUGCUUUAAAUAUAGGUCAUCCAAGAUAUUGCUACUUGUUUGCAUGUACAGGGAAGUCGAUUUAACAUUACUUUAGUACUGUUACUGUUUAUGCACUUUUUUUUAUCAUAUGAUUUCAUGCAGUAUGUAUAUCACCAAUAUGUCCAACUACUCCCAUAAAUAUACAUGAUGAUUUUAUGUAAUUUCCUAGACCAUGACUUUUUAACCUUGUGAACAUGUCAAUGUAUGUUGCAUAGUCUGCCUAAAUAACCUUCAAUUUAUGUCAGGCUAUUUAGUAAGAAAACCGCUCUGGAAAACUUGAUGAUACAAGUUACUCACAGCUUUUCUUGCAUGUUAAAUUUGACCUGAAUGCAUAUCAUGGAAGAAGAUGAUGUUGUAGGCAUUGGAUUACUGACCGCAAGGAGAAACGAAAAUUACAAAUAUUGUCAUGCUUUGUAUUGGCCUGUUCAAAGAUAUAUGCUUGCUUUGUAUAAGCAGAUUAAAAACCAUCUAGAUCUCUAUGUAGCUUUUUAUUUAUGUUUAACUAUACGACAAGGCCAUGUUCACAUCGCUAGGGUAAUGUGCCUUUGGUCUGUGUUUGGGGGAGAAAAAUUGUAAUUUCAUAUUAUACAUGGUAGAUAAAGCAUUGAACCAGUAUAGCUAAAUACAGAUCAGUGGUGUAAUUGUGUGUGGAACUGCUGGUUUCAGAUUUUUCAGUGGGAGUAAAUGCACAGUGGAUGUGGUGAAGAAACGGUAAGUGCAUUUCUAAUGCAGUUAGCUGGAUAUAAGCAUUUAAAUGGGAUUUUAAAUCCCCCGUUGCUACUAUGCAUGUGAGUAGGGUUAAAUCCCUGAUGACACCAGUAAAUCCCAUGUGGCAUUCAGUACCGAAGGCUUCUUUCUAUUUGUUGGGGCCAUUUUUAGUGGCCCCACAUUGACAGAUGAGUUGCAUACAGCACAAAAUCAAUGUGGCAUGCUGCUCUUUAAAUGGGACUUGACUUCCCUUUGAAAGCAAAGCCGUAUGAACAGGGUUAUCCUGGCUUGCACCAGGGAGACUCAAGUAUAAUUUUAUAGCUGGGGCUCCUCUGUCUGAGCUAAAUACAGAUCUUUCUAUCAAUUGAGAACAUCGGGGCUGAAUGGUCGCACUGAUCCACGGUGAUGCUAUGUGGGAAGCUGUUUUUUGGGAAACCCCCCGGGUCUGAACAGACUCUGACCGCAUCUCUCUGCAUACUACCCUGCCAAUUUGAUCAGUGCUGGUCUUUGCCAGUUGUCUGGCACCUAGCACAAUGUAUUUAGCAUGCAAUUUUUCUGAUAACCUCUAUCUGCAUGUCAUACUGAAAACAACCAGUAGAUGGCAGCAGUCUAUCUCUCUACUGUGUUUAGUAUUGUUAUUUCCAGUUCUGAUAUUAGCAUAGAAGAAAAACUUGGAAUUAGAUUAAGAAUUAGAUCAGGUUUACGGUAAGUAUUGUGUAACGAACCCUGAAGUGGUAGCUAGGCGUUCGUCUGUUUUAAACCGAACGGCAGAGAGCAAGAGUGAUUAUAGCUCGCCGUUCGCCUAAUAAUCCAGAGUAAGUGAAGCGCUCAAGCUGAAAUUCUCCAAAGCGGUAAUCAGGUACACAACCAUCAGCCGAAACAUGAUGAGGGGUGCAACAGGAAUGAAAUCUUAUUGUGCCACUCUGGCUUUUAUGCAAGUUUUCAGGUCAGGGGAACACCCCCCUGGACCUUGUGGAAAACAGGGACACAAUUUAUUAUCUCCAAUAAAAAUACAGAGCAGAACAGUGUCACUCCCAAUACAAACAGUAAAUCCCCCUCCUUGCUGCCUAGGGAUAAUUGGGUCAGAUAAAGCAAUAACUUAAUUAUCUCCAGGCAGUGGGAACACAGUUUUUACAAUAUUUGGAAAACACGCCAAGAUAUACAGGACCCCCACAAAUCUCACAUUCCCUGAUAGCCCCGAUCUGGGUGACCAACAUAUCCAAAAAUCACCCAGAUUGAUUCAAGGGUUUUCGAUUUUCAUGGAAGUCCCAGUUGACCGACAGCACAAGAGGCAACUGCACAAAACCGCUCCAUGAUUUUAGGCUGUACGGUCGGUCUAAUUCGUUAAGUCCAAAUAAACGAACUAAUGCACAAAUGGAUCCCUCUGGCUCAUAGCAGCGAUUGUUCCCCUCGCUCGUGUGAACAAAACUACCGAAAUGCGCUCUCCUAGCUGUUCCGGAAAAGGAAGCGGGCGUUUGACCGGUGGUCAAAUAUAUAUAUUUUUUAAUAUUUUAAAAAUAUUUAAUCUAUAUUAUUCUCAUAUUUUUUCUAAUUUAAAUAAUAGCAUGUUUUAUGUAUUGGUAUUAUUUAGUUUGUUUGUAUAAUACUGUAAGCAGGCUGCCAAAGCUAUGUGUAAAUAGCAUAUUUAAACAUUGUAGUGCCAUUUUGAGUGUAUAACAUCCCCUCCUCCCCCCUCUCUUCUUCGCCUCCGGUCCACACAUAUGGAAUUUGCUUGUUCCUAAGAGGAACAUAGAGAAGAAACAGAUCAGUUACGGCGAAUUUACGGGUUUCGUCAGUGGAACGCAUAUGGGAUUGACGGGCGCACAGGAUGCCGUCAUGGACGCCGGACCGAAAAUUGAAACACCUGGAUUGAAUGAAGAGUUAUGUGGACAUUGGGGGAGGUAUAAAGGGUGGAGGAGGAAAGGGAUUUUUAUUGCUUAUUUGUAUGCUGUCAUUUCUGGUCACUGAAGUCCCUGAGGAAGUCCUAUACACGGACGAAACGCGUAGGACCCCUGGUGGUGACAGUGAGACUACAUCUAUUGUUUUAUAUCUUGAUGUAAAUUAUUAAAUUAUUUUUUCUACAUUUUUAAAUGUGCACUACAAUUUUAUUGUUUUUUCUUUGAGCACACUCCUUUCAGCCAAUCCAUGAGAUAUUGAAUAGAGAUGGAAGAAUUAUUUCUUCAAAGGCAUUCAUGCUGAAAAAGGAAUUUAUUCUAAAGGCUUUCUAAUUCCAGCGAGAGUGUGAGUGGCCAUUUGUGAAUUGUACACUUGGUUUAUUCAUAUUCACAGUUAUGCGCUAUGUAUUGUUCUUGUCAUUGAUUUAGCAGAUUAUCCCCUAUUUUUCUGUACAUAAUCUUUCUGGAGAACCUCCCUUUCUCAAGUCUAAAGAUUUUAUGAGCAAAAACGACACAUAGAAUUCAAAUUUGAGUUGUAAUACUGGAGUUAAAGAGACAUGAAUGCAGAUAAGAUACAGGCCUGAUAGAAAAUAGACACCAUUCUCGCAGAGGGUCAUCAAUAUUUUGUGUAAGAAUCCAAGUGAGGGGGCGAGAGAGAAAAAAAACAAACAGUGUAGGAGAUGAGACUAGAUUGGGUAUAGUUAAAAAUAAAUUAAUUACACAGUUUAAGAAUGCAUGAAUUCACAUCCAAGAAUCCAG